ACGCCUGGCAGCCCUGCGUUGAAAUGACUUAAGUUUAAUGGCGACUGCCGAUUGGGGCUGACGGUUGUGUGUCGAACUGUCUCUAUUUAUAUUUUUAGUAUAUUAGGUGUAGAUUCGUAAUAACUGAUAAACAUGACGGGAAUUUUACCUACGUAUCAGCGGUUUGUUAACGGGGUACCCGUCCCGUCCAUAUCUCGGCGGUCGUUCCGUAUAAGAGAGAAAUAUCUGAUUGUUUCUGUACUUUUGACGUUCGGAAUCGUGUGGUUAGGAGCUCUGUUUUAUUUACCUGAAUUUAAAAGUUCGAGCAGUGUGAAUGACAGUGUUUACAAUGUGUAUAAACGUAUUCAGAAAGCGGGUCCAGAGCUGUUAAUGCCUCCGCCACUCGCUCAAAACGAUGUGGGAGACUUUCCUGUAGUCGGUAUCGUUCGGCAUGGCGAAGAAGGUGACGACCCACACAUAGUUGAGGACAGAAACAGACUUAAGGCUAAGAUAGACGAAGACAUGGGCAUGAAAGUUCUCGAGAGACCGCAGUUUGAUGUUGCACCUUCUGUAUCUUCUUCUCGAGGUCCCAGCAAGCCUCCUGUUGACGCAAUAGAGGAGCCCGCUGUUAGGAACUUCGCAGCUAAAGACGCAUCUCCUGCUGGUCCUAAACCAGACGGGUCUAAUAGAUACGUCGCUGUUGCUAUCGGUCCUAACGCUGAUCCAGAUCAGAAACAAAAGUUAGAGACAGUUAAAGAGAUGAUGCGACACGCUUGGAACAAUUACAAACUGUACGCUUGGGGUAAAAAUGAACUGAAACCGAUAUCUAAACGCGCACAUUUGUCGAGCGUGUUUGGCUCCGGGGAGAUGGGAGCCACCAUUGUUGACGGCCUGGACACCUUGUACGUGAUGGGCCUGACCGACGAGUUCCGUGAGGGACGUGACUGGAUCGCGGAACAUUUCAACAUCAACGAAAUCGAUUCCGAACUAUCAGUAUUCGAAACGACGAUACGUUUUGUGGGAGGUCUGCUGUCUUGCUACGCUCUGACCGGUGACACCAUCUUCAGAGACAAAGCCGCCGAGGUCGCCGACGCCCUGCUGCCUGCCUUCGAAACUCCCACUGGACUCCCAUACGCUUUAAUCAAUCCAUCCACUAAGGCCAGCCGCCAGUAUCACUGGGCAGGCCCGAACAGUAUCCUCUCUGAAUUGGGUACAUUGCACCUCGAGUUCUCAUACCUGAGUGACGUCACAGGACGUGAAGUCUACAGGAACAAAGUGGAUAAAAUACGUGAAGUUCUCUACAACAUUGAGAAGCCCGGUGAUCUUUAUCCGAACUUCAUCAAUCCUCGAACCGGACAGUGGGGACAAAGACACAUAUCCCUGGGAGCUCUGGGCGACUCGUUCUACGAGUACCUGCUGAAGGCCUGGCUCGCGUCGAACCGCGGCGACGAGCAGGCGCGCACCAUGUUCGACACGGCGAUGCAGGCCGCGCUCGACAAGAUGCUGCGCGUGUCGCCCUCCGGCCUCGCCUACCUCGCCGAACUCAAGUACGGCAGGGUCAUCGAAGAGAAGAUGGAUCACUUGUCUUGCUUCGCUGGUGGCAUGUUCGCUUUGGCCGCUACGACAUUGGAGAAUUCGUUGUCUGAACGGUACAUGGACGUCGCAAGGAAACUGACCCACACCUGCCACGAGUCCUACUUCAGAUCCGAAACUAAACUGGGACCAGAGGCAUUCAGAUUUUCGAACGCAGUCGAAGCCCGAGCUCAGAAGAGCAACGAGAAAGUUUACAUACUGAGGCCGGAGACGUUCGAGAGCUACUUCAUCAUGUGGCGACUCACCAAGGAGCAGAAGUACCGCGACUGGGGCUGGGAGGCGGUUCAGGCGCUAGAGAAGCAUUGUCGCGUCGAAGGCGGCUACACCGGACUCACGAACGUCUACCACCAGAACCCUCAGGGCGACGACGUGCAACAGAGCUACUUCCUCGCUGAAACACUUAAGUACCUCUACCUUCUGUUCUCGGACGACUCUCUCCUUUCGCUCGACGAGUGGGUGUUCAACACUGAAGCUCAUCCGCUUCCAAUUAAAGGCAAGAAUCCCCUGUACCGCAUGGCGAGCACGCCCGUGCCAAUAGAAGACAACCGAGUCUAAGAAGAUGAAAUCGACAGCUCUGUGUGCUUAGUGCCAGUUUUUUAACGUUCUCGCUAGCGUAAAAGUUAACUCAAAUUUGUAUGGGCGUGGAACAUUUGCCGUUAGGGGCAUUGUUCCAGCUGCAUACAAAUUUCAGGUAACUUUUACGCUAUCGAGAACGUUACAAAACUCGCACUAAGGACACAGAUCAUCUGACGAGAAGAAGUCCCAAAGUUAAUUACGAAACUAUUCAAAAUGGCUGUUCAACUAACAACCUGCCAACAAAUAACGAACGGAAGGGGUAUAGUCACGGAUGUGUGAUUCUUGUAGGCAUUUGUACAAAUUGAAUUUGGUAGCAUAAUAAAUAGAUUAUUUUGUAAUUGGAAUGUGAAAGUUUUAGUCGUAAUGGGUAUGUGUAUAAUGAAAUAUUUGAAACAAAAACUAGCAAAUUAAAACUGCUAAAUGGCCGUAUAAAAUUUGUAAUUAAAUAUUUAAUUACACGAUUUUGAAUUGAUAUUUCAAAUGAUCAAUGGAAGUUUAAUGGUAAUUUGUUUGUUCCAUUAUGUUGAUAAAUUAAAAAAAAUAUGAAGUAAGUAAAUAAAAACAAACUUAAGGCUUUUGAAUAAAAUAUAAUUUUAAUCCACUUAAUAUCAAAUAAAUGUAUUUGUCUAUGUGUGAAACGAAUCUUCCCGUACAUUCGUGUCAUUAAUAAAAUAAACUGGUUAAGAAAUUAAUGAUCGUCAUAUAUAAUGAAGACGGGAGGAACUUGUUCAUAAAAUGACAACAAAAAAUAACUAAAAUAUGUACAUAUAUAAUAUAUAGUAUGUAUAUGUCUUUCUUUCAACACUGUUUUCCAAUGUUAACAAUCAGCUGACUCGGAGCCUAGCGAGGUCGUUGACCCCGUGUUUUGGGCGAACAUCAAUACUACUGAUCUAAUAAAGUUUAGGUUUUACUUAGGAAAUUGACGGUUUUUCUUUGACGUUAAUUUAAGAAUUUGUUGUCGCUUCGGCGUUGUUAGCUUGCACUUGCAUAUUUACAGUUUAAUAACGAUAAAAUUAGAAAAUAUGGAAUUGUUUAUCGGUAAUUAUGAAUACUUAGACAAAUUUGUAAAUACGGUCACUUCUCGGUUUUGCUAAUUUUUUCUAUAAUAUUGGCAAUUUUUAUCGCUUAUUUAUUUACUACUACAAUAUGGGGGAAUGAGUUGACUUCAAAAUCAAUUAGUUCAAACUCUUAUUGAACAAAGUAAAGCAAGAAUUUGGCUUUGUACAAUCAAAUGGGAACAUACGAUAUUGAUCCUUAUGCUCAUGAUUUUGAAGAACAUAUUUAUAAAAAUACUUUUAAAUAAAACAAACAUCGAUAUUAAGUUUGUUUUGUAAGUAAGGCUAGAAAACAUGCUCUAAUAUCAUAUCUUUAGAAGUAAAUCUUAAAUUUUAUGGGUUUUUAGUUACGAAUGAUUUUUGAGGAGAAAAGCUAAAUUAAGAAAAAUGUAUCUCAAUGGAAGGCAUUCCAAUGUUCAAGGUAGUGUUGAAUAACGUACUAGAUUUUUCUCUCACUAUAAAUAAGAUAUUUUAUGAAUAAAAAUAUAUUGCAAAAAUAAUUAUCUGACUAUUAAAACUCUGAUUCUUUCCGAAAUGAUCCUUUAGGAUUUGUAGACGGUUAUAUUUUUUUUUUUUUUUUUUAAACGUAUGGAAAAUAUAUUUUACUGCCAUUCCUGUUUGAUUAUAUUUGAUCAAAAAUUGAAGGGAGCCCUUUCAUUUUUGAAUUGAUACCCUUGAGAGAAAUACAAAACUCGGCUGAGUGCAACUUCAUGUGACGUCACUCGGGGCCAACACGGUGAGCGCAGAUAAAACAAAAAAAACAACACAAAUUAGUGAUGCGCUUCAGUUUAAUAAGCAUCUUGUGUGUACUUUUUCGAUGUUUUUUUUUUUCAUCGGUCCUCCCUUUUCUGAUAACGGUUUAGUCAAAAUACAAUGAGGUUCUAGGUUCCCAUCACUUGUUUUUGACGUCACAGUGAACUUUGUGACACGCUCUGUCUGAUUGCGACAUCUUUAUUUUGUACUGAAAAUGGUCUCUGUCCCAAAUCACGUUAUUCUAUGCAAACGGUUCGUAUUUAUUUAAUUGCGUGAAAUUUAUUGAAUAUGUACUACUAAAAUUAAAGGGCGUUAACGAAAAAUAAUUGUUUCAAUGAAUUGUUUGUCGAUAAAUGUUUGAGUAGUGAUACCUAUGAUAUCAUUUUAAACAGUUUGUUAAAACUUAUAGAGCAAAUAUAACUUAAUAUCAGAUAAGACCUAUGAGUCUAUAUAGUUAUAAUAUUAAAACAAGUGAUUGAGCAUUUCUUUUUACCUAUUUAAUCUAAUGUUUAAAAUUUCCAAAAUUAUAAGUAUGCUUGUUACAAAAAUGUAGUUUCUUGGGUACCAUAGAAAUGAGUCGUCUAUUAUCAAAGGUGGCAAUCUGUGCAUUUGGACAAAAAAAUGUUAUUGAUAUGUCAAUACAGAUUGAUUUGAAUAUGAUCGUCUCCUUCAAAGAAUACGGUUCAAAACCUGCAUUAAAUAAAGGUUAAUAGUUAACCUGUUAUUUAUCUAAGAUGUCGUUCCGAAGAGUUUUGUGACUGCCAAUGGAAUACAAAGUCAAUAAUUCGUUUUUUUGAUUUACCAAUAAUUGUCCAAAAGUCAGAUUGCCGGCUUUGAUAAUAGUCGACUCAAAUAUAGUAAUCGCUUUAGAUCUUAAUAAUGAAGUUUACAUUAUAAGUAAGAUAAUCGUCAUAAUAUUUAUUAACCACCUAAAAAAAGGUCUUCAGUCCGGACUAAUGCUUUUUGAUAUUAUGGACUUGAUUUUGAAAUACAAUUAUAUUUACAUACUCUUUUAGUUGAUGAUAAACUACAGAUCUCUUAUUUAUAUGUGACUAAAAAUCAUGAUUAAUGAUGAUAUGGAACUGAUAUCAAAAUCACCUUUCCCUGUUUUUUUCUUCGAUUUUAACAAAUCUCUUUUAAAGUGCUUGGUAUAAAAGAUAACAGUUUGUUUAAAAAAUAUAAUGUAUGAUGACAUUGAACAGAUAAUCUUCGACCUAUUUGGAAAUAUUUUAUAUCGUUCAAUAAAAACAUUUCUCAAGAAUCGUCUCAUUUGAUAAGAUGUUUAUUUAUUAUUUAUGAAAAGCUAUUUGGCUUAAGCGACAUUUUUGCUUUGCAACUUUACAGAGGAAGUAUUUAAAGUUUAAAUUUUUGAAAAAAUAAUCAUAACAAAAAAAAUUGUUUAGCUAUUUGAAUGGGGUAAACAUAAUUGAAGUUCAAUUAAAAACGUUGAUACUAACACCAAAUAAAGCGGACCUUUAAUUGAAUAUGCAAUUUCGAAAAGGGCACAAGUCGCAUAUUUUGUCAAAUACGUUUUUUCAUAUACAUGUAGUUUUGAGGCUUACCUACACCCCCAUUUUAUAAUAAUUUCAGUAAUUUUCAAUUGCUAAUUAACACUAAAAUAUAUCUCAAGUGUUAAUAUUUUAAAUUUUACACUGCUUUAGAAAAUAAUCAGUUUUUUUUCAUUUCCUGAACAUUUACAUUUUCAGAGAUGUGCCCUUUUCGAAAUUGCAUAUUCAAUUACAAAGAUAAAUGUUGCGUAUAGUUAGCGAAAUGUCGCUUAAACCAAAUAGCCUUUCACCCAACGAUAAUGUUAUUUAUAACGUUUUGUGACUAUGUGGGAUUGGCACAGCAUGCUCCUUAUAAUUAUCGUCACGUCACAUUCGUAUCAGACAAUUAUUAGCAAUAAUUAAUUAUUAAAAUCGACGUACUACGUUGUACUAAGGCAAGUAUGAUUUCUGAUUUAUUUGUUUAAAAUUGAGAUAAUCAAUUUUUGAAUUCAAUGUAUUUUAGUCUAACGAGGCAAUUACGGUCUGUGAAUUUUUUUUAUUUAAUAUAAUUUUUGUUGUAACAUAAAUCGGGGCUGAAGAAUAAUGCAUAUCAUAAUUUCUAUUUUACGAUUAGCGUCGAUCAACUAAUAAUCUGAAUUGCUUUAGUUAUAAUAAAGCUAAGUUUUACUUGAAUCGAAAAUAAAUUUGUCUAUUGCUAGAGAAUAGUGGAAGCAUAUUUUGUGAAAUUGUGGAUUUUCCGACACAGGAUUCCGAAUGUGCAUUAUUUUUCAGUGGUUUUGCUUUUUUUUUUCGUAGCUAAACGAUUCGAGCUUUGUUAAGAAUAUUUGUGAUUAUAAAAUACAAAGUUACAUAAUAUAAAUAAUUUUAUUUAUUCUUUUUGUAAGUAAUAUUUUUCUGCACCCGUUAAUGUAGCAUUUCUUACGAUAAUUUGUAAGUUCGUUGUUUGUAUGAAUUCUUUAUUCGAAUUUUGAAUCUAAAAUUAAUCCUUUUAGUGCUGAGCUUAUUUUCACAUAUUUUGUAGAAAUUACUAAAGGAUUUUUGGAAAAAAGUAUCUUAUAAAAAACUUUAUCUUAAAAAACACAAAUACAAAAAUGAAUACUUAAUUCAUAGCAAAAUAAUUUUAAAUAGUUAAUUAUAAAUGCUAUUAUGAACUUAUUAAAAACUUUAUACAUGCGCGCGCUAAGACACGUCCACGCAGGUCGAUAACUUUAAUCAAACGGCGCAAUAAAAGAGAGUCGAUCUAUCGACGGUUCGCGCUCAAAGGGUUAACGGAUACAUUAAAUUAUCAAUUGAUGUAACAAUUGAGAGUGGAAUUAGUUUGCGAGGAUCGUUCCAAGUCAAAAUUACGUUUUAUCGUAAUAAUAUAACAAUAAAGUCUUCUAAAAAUAUAUAUUAUAUAUAAUAGAGAUAGAUUCAUAAAAGAAACGCUUCAUAAAUGUGAUAAUGGUGGUUUCACAUCAAUACCACCAUGAGCGGCGGUGGUCAUUUAAAAAAAAAAUCACAAAAAUUGUCUAUACUUUCUUAUAUAUACUAAAAUAUCCGCAUUGUGGUAAUUUCGCCAUCGAUUUUCGAUACCUAGCUGUGGAGUGGCCCAUGUCUGGUGGACCGGUGAUUAUGUAAAAAUAUCCUAGGAAAUUACGUAGUCGUUUUAAUUGUGUAAAUAGUAUCAUAAUAAUACGGUUGGUGUGCGUAGUUUAAAUUGUUUUUUUUUUCUCUUAAGUUAAGCGUGUGCGUCCGUCUGUCUCUGUCUUUUGUGUGCGUGUCAUAAUUUAUAUAAAUAUAAUAUUUAAAUGAUAUUUUAACAAAAUACUGCCGUUUUGUUCUGUUUUAGCAGGGGGUUUUGCUGUAUUUGAAUAAUUCGUAACGUAUAUAAAUGUAUUUAGGGUGAAUUAGAAAAAAAAUGUAACACGUUAUGGUCCUAGUUGUUUUAGAUGGAUUUAUAAGUAAAUUAUGGAUUAUCUAUGCGAAUGUUAAAGAAUUCGAACGAAAAAAAAACGCUCAGGCCUUUGUUGCUCGUUUCGUUUUUAAAUAUGAAUUAAAUAAUAUGUUUUUAAUGAAAUAGUUAAAUGAUGAUGCAUAGCAAAUAUAAUUAACCUCAUUUUCAGUUUUCAUUUUUUUUUUGACAAAUUUAAAUCUCGUAUUUUGUGUUUAUAUUAAAACCACUGAGCAACAUAAUUAUUAUGUUUAUAUUAUUAAUAAAAUAAUAAUAUAGCUAUUUAAUUAUUAUGUAAUUUAGCACAAUUGUAUACAUUAAUGCCAGGCAUAAUAUUUUAAUGUUAGCCUCCAAGCACACGUAGUAAUUUUAAGAAUUUCAUCGAACGAAUACUUUUAAAAAAAAAGUGACACAUUAAAUUAUUGAUAAAGAUGAAAGAAAACUUUUCAGUUAAAACAUGUCUAUUUAAAAAAAAAUCAUUACGUGUUUAUUUUUGGCGCGUAAUAUGCGCGUCUAUUUGGUUUGUUUGUCUCUCUAUCUACAGGGUAAGUUAGAAAAGAUUGACCGAUACGUCAUGUUUCCAGUAGUUUGGAGAGGUUAAAACAAAAUCUAUGAACAAGAUACUUACAGAGCGCGCGCCCAAAACUAGCGAAACAGGCAUGUUGUCGAAAAAUCGCUGGUAUUUAAUUAAUUAUAAACUUUUAUUCUUCUGCGUAUUCGCAAGAAGACUAUUGAAGAUCUUGAAAAAGUUUUAUAAAUUAUGAAAUUUCAGAAAAUUGUUUUUUUUUCUUUACUUGUACCUAUAUUAAAUAUUUUUUUUUUUUUAUGUACUGCGUGUGUUACACUUGGAGGAAGUAAUUUAUUAAUAUGUACCUAAAGCCUGUUUGUUAUACAUGUAUGAAUUUGUAGUUAUAAUAAUAACAUUGUACAUUUUUCGGUUAUGAAAAAAAUAAAAAUGAUGUUUAUUA